GUAGGAGCUGGAGGGAAGGAACAUGCUGCUGUUUCCAGGAGCUGCUUGAGAGACUGCCUACCUUGUUGCCAAGAUUAUAUACCCCUUGCCUGGAGUGUCAGUAGGUGCCAACAUAAGUCUUCUGUAUCUUGACUCUGAAACAUUCGUGUUGAUAGAACAUCGGUUGUUCCAUGUCACAGCUUCAGAACUGUUGGGGAGUAUACCAGGAUGGUGCAACGCAUGUUCUGGAUGCCGUCUCAGAGAUGGAGGUGCUGGCAGCAAGUACACCUCUUCCUGAUUCAGCCAAUGAAUUUGAUAGGAACGUUCCCCGUAUCUGUGGUGUCUGUGGAGACAAAGCUACUGGCUUUCAUUUCAAUGCCAUGACGUGUGAAGGCUGCAAAGGAUUUUUUAGGAGGAGCAUGAAAAGAAAAGCAAUGUUUACAUGUCCAUUCAACAGCGACUGCAAAAUCACCAAAGAUAACCGGCGGCAUUGCCAAGCCUGCCGGCUGAAGCGUUGUGUGGACAUAGGCAUGAUGAAAGAAUUCAUUCUGACAGAUGAGGAGGUCCAGAGGAAGAGAGAGAUGAUAACGAAGAGGAAGGAAGAAGAGGCUCUUAAAGAGAGCAUGAAGCCCAAAUUAUCAGAGGAGCAGCAGAGAGUCGUUGACAUUCUUCUCGAGGCCCAUCGCAAAACUUAUGACCCAACCUACUCUGACUUCACCCAGUUCCGGCCUCCUGUGAGAGCCAACUCAAGCAAAAGAAUAACUAGAUCAUCAUCGGUCCUUACGCAUGGCUCCUCAUCAGAAGACUCUUCAGAUACCUUCAGCUGUUCUCCAGAUUCUGUAGAACACAGAAUGUUCUCCAACAUGGCACUGAACGAGGAGUCUGACGAAAGCCCUCCGAUGGAUAUUAACCUCUCGCACCUCACCAUGUUACCUCACCUGGCUGACCUCGUCAGCUACAGCAUACAGAAAGUGAUUGGCUUUGCAAAAAUGAUCCCAGGCUUCAGGGAUCUGACAGCGGAGGACCAGAUUGCCUUACUGAAGUCCAGCGCCAUUGAAAUCAUUAUGCUUCGUUCAAACCAGUCGUUUUCUUUGGAGGAUAUGGCAUGGUCAUGUGGAGGCAAUGAAUUCAAGUACCAAAUCAAUGAUGUUACCCAAGCUGGUCACAGCCUAGAACUGCUAGAACCACUUGUGAAAUUUCAGAUUGGCUUAAAGAAGUUGAACCUUCACGAAGAGGAGCAUGUGCUCCUGAUGGGCAUCUGCAUCCUCUCCCCUGACCGCCCUGGCGUGCAGAACACUUCUUUAGUGGAGUCCCUCCAAGACCGCCUUUCCGAGGUCCUGCAGACUUACAUUCUGUGCAAACACCCUCCCCCGGGCAACCGCUUACUCUAUGCCAAGAUGAUCCAGAAGCUGGCAGACCUGCGGAGCCUGAAUGAGGAGCAUUCCAAACAGUACCGCUGCCUUUCCUUCAAGCCAGAGCACAGCAUGCAGCUCACCCCGCUGGUCCUGGAGGUUUUUGGCAAUGAAAUCUCCUGACUUCAGAUGCAGGACAGCGCACCGAGAAAUAAAGGGAUAAGUCAGCCUGGUGAGCGGGAGGGGUGUGACUCUUAACCAGGGUUUGUAUAUAGACCCAGUUUAGUUUCACACUACUGGAGAGGACUGCGUUUUCUGCACAUCUUCAGUCACCUGGAUUGGCUUGCUGCGGAGCGGCAGCCAACCCAGCUACGCUGCUUUUUUUCCCCAGCGAGUGGCUUUUCCACUUGCUUUCCUUCUGUAACCAGCUCACAUAUCCAUUUAUGGCUGUUUCAAGGCUGCUUCAGACCGAGGCCUUCUUGAAACCACCACUUUUUUGGCUUGUUUUACGAAGUAAAAACUGAAAUGUCAGGCCACUAGUUGGGAGGAAACGACUGAGAUUUCAUGGGUGAGCAUGGAAUUCAGGACUUCAAUGAACCCCUAAUGCUGUCUGUGGAGAGAGAACAGUUCUCUAGUUACUCUUCCUAUCCCUUCCCAAAGCCUGUUGCCCAAGUGCUGUUGGUGCACAGUUGCUGGUUCAUUCCACCCCAGAGCCAACUGAAUGAUCCCAGCAUAUGCACCCACUGCCCCCAACACUGGCUGCAAAGUAUAGAAAUGUCUUAGUCUCAAAAUAAAUAGGAAAAUGCACUUAGGGGAGGACAAUUCCUGUAUCUCUGAGAGAAAUCUCCAUUUGCCCACUGUGUAGAAGCUGAAGAUCUCCAAAGCAAUGGCACGUUGUGGUCUGUCCCCCUGUUAAUAUGACAGGAAUGAUGGGAUAUUUGUAAGGUUACUAGUCUCUCGGGUUGCUCUGAGAGGUGUAGCCAGACUGGAAGUGGUCUCUGCCAGUUUCACCCUUGAUCUGUGAUAGACUGAAGACUGUCUCUUGGGCUCCCAGGAUGGAUAGCUAAAAACACGAAAAUCCAUGCUAAUCAACACGCUAUACCAUUUUUAUUUCAAUGUUGAUGUUGCCAAGUGUCGAGGUGAGAUCUCAGAUAAUCAGUUAGGAACAAAAGUUCCCUUUCAGCCUGUGGGAUGGCCAGUGGGGUGGUUUCUGGUUUGGGGUCUGCUGAACAGUUAUCAAAUAGUGUCUGAACAGAUUAUUUGCCAAGCCUGUUAAAUGUGCAACAUCUUGGGAUAACUCAGUAAGAAUUAAGUGGGGAAGAAUUAAUCUCGCGUCUUCCUGCCCUGAAAUGUUCUGAUUGCAGCAAGAUUUCAGUCUUUACGAGAGGAGUCCUGGUUUCUUAGAACUAAGGAAGGGGCAAAGCAGCCAAUAAGCUGUGCAUAGCAUUGCAUCACAGUCAAUUAAGGCCUGAGAUGAACCCAGUCUUUCAUCCUGAGUUCUCCAGAGUUUUCCUGUGCUAGGCAGGAGUCCUGCUUUCAAUGCACUACAGGACACAGACUCCAUUGUGUCAGGGAUCCCAUUGUGCUAGGCACUGUGCAAACAUACGAAAUCAUAGGGGCCAGUGAUAGCAUCCAUUUUUGGAGAGAAGCAUGUAUCCACUACGGGGCCUCCAACAGUGGCAGGUCAAGCGCUAUUAAGAGGGCAAGAAAAACUGUAGAAAAAUCUGCCAGCCAAGGAAAACCAAACGAGAGCAAAGAGCAAGAGCAAAGAAAAUCCCUCUAGUUCAGUCCCUUGUGUGUCAGUCAUUGGGUGUACAGAGGAUGUUUGGGGUCGGCUUCUGUUUUAUGUACUAUGAAAAUUACUUUCCAUCUGCUAAUGUGCACCUUUAGCUGUCACCGCCGCCUUUGUAAACAAGUUGCUCGUUUUCCUAAUGCUAAAGAAUCAGAAUUGGGCUUUGAAGCUCUGUGUUUGUGCUCCUCUGUCGGGUGGCUACCGCAUGGCAAUGGUGUUGCUUUCUCUGUCUCUUGCACUAAUGUGGGAAGAUUUGUGUUGCACUUUGGUUGACCCUCUACCGCUCUCAGGAAGUUGCCAGUGGCCUUUCGUGUUAAAACCAUUUAUCCCAUAUGCCAAAACUUCCAAGCAAUUAUUGUAGGAGCGUGCAUUCCCCCAGCUUGUGAGAUUUGGAAUAAGAAGAAAUGAUUCUUUUAAAAAAAAAAUUAUUUCAUAAUUCUGGAAGGAACUCGGCCUGCAGUAACUCACUAACUGGUGACUUCAGAGAGCCGAGAUUCCACAAAUAUAUUCUUGGGAGUUAUGUGAAAUCAGGGUAUUUCUCUUGUUUAAAUUAUGCUUUUUCUCUGAUUCCUGUGUAUUGACUUAUGCCUGAAAUGCCAAUUGUCUCUGCUGUGCUCGCUGCCACAGCUCUGCAAGAGGGAGCCCUAAGUAAUGAUGUUUAAUAAAAUGACGUGAUUAAAUAUAAAUAGGAAAAUCUCAUUACUGAGUAAACUUUCCAGAAAGCUGAAGUUGAAACUGGCAGAGAGACCCGGCAUGUCAUCUGCUUUUUAGGCAUCUCAGUACCUGAAUGUCAUUUAAAAUGUGCAUAAUUCAAGUGCGUGUCUGCACAGCACAGGGGUAUGAGGACAGGGAGAAGGGUAUGCUGGGACACCACAUUGUGAAAUGGAGAUGUUUAAGCUUCUAUAUAGAAUCUUCAAAGGGAAACCAAAAUAAUUCCUCCCAUCAGGGUAGAAAAAGGCUGUAGGAAUGAUAAGUAUAUCCCUGAAGAUAUUCUGGGAAAUAAGAAAUCCUGUGUCCCAGAUGGGGGAGAGACUGCUUUGCUUGUAUCUAUGGUUGCAAUCUCUCUUAGUCUGUACUCGCAAAAAGAAAAGAAGUACUUGUGGCACCUUAGAGACUUAAAAAUUUAUUUGAGCAUAAGCUUUCGUGAGCUACAGCUCACUUCUCGAAAGCUUAUGCUCAAAUAAAUUUGUUAGUCUCUACGCUUUCGAUAAGUGAGCUGUAGCUCACGAAAGCUUAUGCUCAAAUAAAUUUGUUAGUCUCUAAGGUGCCACAUGUCCUCCUUUUCUUUUUGCGAAUCUCUCUUGUGUCCUCUUGGUGUCGCUAGCACAGCAAGAAUGAAAGCAGCUCCUUUGCAAGCGUUAAGUGCCUUGAGCUUAUGUACAGCACAGUUAUCUUUCCCCUGUCUGCAUUCCUGAGUCUCGCCAAUCUGAAAUAUCACUCACUCAGAUCCAAGGAAUUGAUCUCCUCCUUGGUCUCUACACUUGUCUGAGAAGCCGUGGGAAGGCAGUUCCCCCUCGGAGAAAAUCACUGUGUUCUUUAAUACAGUUGUCAUCUUUGCUUGAAAUCAGUGCCUUAAAUAUAGAUGUCUUGUUGCUGUAUCAAAUAUAUCUGUAUGCUUGUGUAGUGGGUCUUUUAAACUCAGUUGAUUUUCCCUUUGGUUGAUUUCAUGGUAUGUGUGUAAACCACCCCACCCCCCCGUGUGUGUGUGUCCUGCAAACCGCCCAGUUCUGCUCCUCAGUCCAACCCCCCACCCCAACCCGCUGUCUCCUUGGGCCUGCUCACUCUGUGUGUCUGGAGAAAAUCCAGCCCCCGUGAGGACUUGCUCUUUGCUGCCUCAACUCUGUUCUCUGCCUUGUCAAAUGACUCUACUUCUCCUUCAGUGUGUCCUGCCUCAGCCCUGCUAGUUUUCUUCUAAGGCAAAAUUCGCACUGUUCACUCUACAUCCAGUUGUCCAUUUUCUUCCUCCGCUUUCAAGCUUCUCCUUUAAUCCUGUCUCUGACUCAGAGCUGGUUGGAAAACUGGAGGAAGGGGUGCUGAAGUUUUUGAUUUUUUUUUUUUAAAAAUUGUUUAAAUUUCCCCAUGGAAAAUUUUGGCUCUUCCUCAAAAAUCCAAAGAAGUGUUUGACCACAGAAGAGUUGAAAUUUCCCCCAGGAUGCAAACAUGAAAUUUCAUGGUAAAAAAAAAACAAUUUUCUUUGGAAAAACUGCUUCAGAAAACUCUCAACCAGCCAUACCCUGAUUCCAAGCCCCCUCCUCCUCCUCUCUGGCUUGCUCCUUCUGUGCCUAUCCUUUUGGCAACCAAAUGACAUGGCAGUCUCCUGUUCUGGAGGGGGAUAAAAACCUUUUCUUCACCAGCUACUGGACAGGAUGGUGCCAGAUGGGAUGGAAGACUACUCAAUAUCCCGCUGCCAAGACAACUGCCCCUUUCACCAAUUCCUUCACUGGCUUCCUCCCAAGUUCCUCAUCUCCCCAUUCAGAUUUCUGCACAGCCCAUGCUUAAAUUUCCUGGGCUGUUUUGCCUUUAACCUCCCUAUAUGCACCCUCCAAGCUUCCCCUGGCCCUGCCAUUCCAUCUUUCCCUCGCUGUUGGCAUUGUGCCUUGUUGCCAUGACCAACCCACCCAAUCAAUGCUUUCCCCUCAUCUCCUCAAAGCCAGUUGUGGGAAGUGUUCCAGCUGUAGAUACCUCACCCUUCUUGGAGUUUACCCUGUAUUGUACCCAUUUGUGCCUUUAGACUGUCAGCUUAUCAGGGCAGGGACUCUUGCUGUCACAUUUGACCUAUAGUACAGUACCAUGCUUAACUAGAGCACUAUAAAAGAUUGGAGACCUCUGGGUGUACAUAUUUAUUCCACUUGCUAAACUGUGAAGCAGGCAUCAUUAGAGAGAAUCUUUGACUGAUGGGAGCUUUCUUUCCAUAAAGGAGCCUUUAUCAAAGAGGGAGGCUUCCCAAUACUAUAGCACCACAGUGCUCUAGCAAUCCUAACCCAUCCUUAGGGAGAACCACAGUUCCUAAGGGGCAUCCCGCACAAAUGCUGCAUAGAAGUUCCCUUCGGUUAGACUUGGAGUGGUUCUGUUUCAGUGUCUCUAAUGCGGAAAGGGGAGCUGGGUGGAGAAUGGAAGAAAAAAAUCCUGACUAUUACUUUGAAACUCCUCAGGUUUUCAAAACUGUUGAAGAAUUAGGCUUUUGUAACUUUUCUUUUUUUCUAACCCAGAAAAUGAUAUAUGGAAGAAUGUCCAAUGUCUUGCUAAACAUUCUCUGAAUCUUUUUAAUAACAAACUUUUUGACCUAAUAAAACCCUCACUUUUGUUCCAAAAAAGUUUUUGGGGUUUUUUUGGGGUUUUGUUUUGUUUUUUUGGACUCUCUAAUGAAAACUGUGCAUUUUGAAAAUGCACAAGCCCCCUUUGCGUUCUCCUUCUUCCAAAGCUCAAUAUACCCUACAACUUGCAAGUAAUAUAGAAUGUCAGAGCUUAAAUUUUAAAAAACAAAUAAGCCUUGACCCUCAUGACUGUGUUUUCAGCAGCUCCAGAUGUAUUUUACCCAAAUAACUCCAGCUUUGCACCAUCAGUCACCAGGGCAUUGCUAUGCCGGGAAAGGGCAGCUAAUGCCCAAAGGGAGCAUGCUGAAUAUCUCCCUUUGUGUCUUGCGGUUCUAGUCUGUUUGCCUGACCUCACCUUUUCUUUCCUAAAACCAUUGCACACACCAGGGAAGAACCACCCCUGGGGAAAAAUAGCACUAAAGUAAAUGAUUUACUGGAGAAACUGAACAUAUAGACAACCAGGUGAUAAUAGGGAGGUCUGAUUUUUAAUAUCCUAUAAAUGGCUUAGUUAAAAGAAAAUAUUUCUUUACGGUGGUGGGGAGAAGUGGCGGUGGUGGUUGUUUUUAAUAUUGAUCCUGUUAACAAAAACAUAAGUUAUAGAUCUACAGAAUGAUUGCACCAAAUUUUGUUGAGUAAUUUAGUGUCAAAAUGUAAAUAACUAUUUAAUAUAGUGGAAAUGUUUUAUUGUAAAUUGGAUUUUAAACAAAGUGUUUAAAUCAUUCAAAGCUGCUCUUUUGAACUGAUAGAAGCAUGACUUUUUUUUUUUCCAUUUGUGCAUGUAAACCAAGUGUGUACAGUACUUAGGUAAAAUUUCUGAAUGUGAAACACAGCUCUCUGUUUUGUUGCCUUGUGUAAUACAGAUUGUAAGGCAAUGCACUUUAUAAAUAAAGAUUUAAAAGAAAUCUAUUUUAAUUAUAGUGAUGAAGAAUAGAGGCAGCUGCUGUCUCUCUCUCUCUCUCUCCGCCCCCCCCCCCCCCCCCCCGGUAUGCCUUGAGCUUUUCCUAAUGGGCA